AUGGUCAAGAAGAGAAAGAACAACGGCCGCAACAAGAAGGGCCGCGGCCACGUCAAGCCCAUCCGCUGCAGCAACUGCUCGCGAUGCACGCCCAAGGACAAGGCCAUCAAGCGCUUCACCAUCCGCAACAUGGUCGAGUCUGCUGCCAUUCGUGACAUCUCGGAUGCCUCCGUCUUCUCGGAGUACACCGUACCCAAGAUGUACCUGAAGCUGCAGUACUGCGUCUCUUGCGCCAUCCACGGCAAGAUUGUCCGUGUCCGCUCGCGCGUUGGCCGCCGCAACCGCGCCCCCCCUCCUCGCGUCCGCUACAACAAGGACGGCAAGAAGAUCACUCCCACUGUUGCCAAGGCCUAA